GCGCGUCCCGCCCAGGCUGUUUUUUUCAAGCGCGGCGAGUUGCGCAACGACCAGAUCCCUAGGGCGGGCGUCCUCACGCACUGCCUGCGUUCGCUCGCUAGCUGACGGCCCGAAGCCGCCUGUCGCGGGCUCGCCUCCAUCUGUUUCAGGGGGUCUUGCUUGGACUGCUGGGCGGGCCUCGCAUGGAGGGAAUUUGGCGACGCUCCCCGGAGGUGACAGCGCGCGUGGCACUUGGGCGACGCUCCCUGGCUGUGACAGCCCGCAGGCACUUGGGCGACGCUCCCUGGCGGUGACAGCGGGCGGGGCGGGCGGCCUGGUUCCGGAGCGGGCGGGACAGCGGCGGGACAGAGGGCCGCCACCGGGGAUGCCGCUCGAGACGCCGUGGUCCUCGUGCCAGUAAGCGCCGCCGCAGCCAUGACGGUGGAGUUCGAGGAGUGCAUCAAGGACUCGCCGCGCUUCAGGGCAACGAUCGACGAGGUGGAGACAGAUGUGGUGGAGGUUGAGGCCAAGCUGGACAAGCUGGUCAAGCUGUGCAGUGGCAUGAUUGAGGCGGGCAAGGCCUACGUCACCACCAACAGGCUCUUCGUGAGUGGCGUCCGGGACCUGUCCCAGCAGUGCCAGGGAGACACUGUCAUUUCGGAGUGUCUGCAGAGGUUUGGAGACAGCAUGCAGGAGAUGGUCAACUACCACAUGAUCCUCUUCGACCAGGCCCAGAGGUCCGUGCGUCAGCAGCUCCACAACUUUGUUAAAGAGGAUGUGAGGAAGUUCAAGGAGACCAAGAAGCAGUUUGACAAGGUACGGGAGGACAUGGAGCUGUCCCUGGUGAGGAAUGCCCAGGCCCCUCGCCACCGGCCCCAUGAGGUAGAGGAGGCCACUGGUGCUCUGACCCUUACCCGGAAGUGCUUCCGCCACCUGGCUCUGGACUAUGUGCUCCAGAUCAAUGUCCUCCAAGCCAAGAAGAAGUUUGAGAUCCUGGAUUCUAUGCUUUCCUUCAUGCACGCGCAGUACAGCUUCUUCCAGCAGGGCUACAGCCUGCUGCACCAGUUGGACCCCUACAUGAAGAAGCUGGCAGCAGAGCUGGACCAGCUGGUGAUCGACUCAGCUGUGGAGAAGCGGGAGAUGGAGCGCAAGCAUGCAGCCAUACAGCAGCGGACUCUGCUACAGGACUUCUCCUAUGAUGAGCCUAAGGCUGAGUUUGAUGUGGAUGCACCCAGUGGUGUGGUGAUGGAGGGCUACCUCUUCAAAAGAGCCAGCAAUGCCUUUAAGACAUGGAACCGACGCUGGUUCUCCAUACAGAAUAGCCAGCUGGUCUACCAGAAGAAGCUCAAGGAUGUGCUGACCGUGGUGGUGGAUGACCUGCGCCUGUGCUCUGUGAAGCCCUGUGAGGACAUUGAGCGGAGGUUCUGCUUUGAGGUUGUGUCACCAACCAAGAGCUGCAUGCUGCAGGCCGACUCCGAGAAGCUUCGGCAGGCCUGGGUGCAGGCUGUGCAGGCCAGCAUUGCCUCUGCCUACCGGGAGAGCCCGGACAGCUGCUUCAGUGAGAGGCUGGACCGCACUGCAUCACCAUCCACCAGCAGCAUUGACUCAGCAUCUGACUCUCGGGAGCGCAGCGCCAAGGGUGACAGUGUGCUGCAGCGUGUGCAGAACGUGGCAGGCAACGGGCAGUGUGGUGACUGUGGCCAGCCAGACCCGCGGUGGGCCAGCAUUAACCUGGGAGUGCUACUGUGCAUUGAGUGCUCAGGCAUCCACAGGAGUCUGGGUGUCCACUGCUCCAAGGUGCGUUCUCUGACACUGGACUCAUGGGAGCCAGAGCUGUUGAAGCUGAUGUGUGAGCUGGGCAACAGCAUGGUGAAUCAGAUCUACGAGGCCCAGUGCGAGGGCCUGGGCAGCAGGAAGCCCACAGCCAGCAGCCCCAGGCAGGACAAGGAGGCCUGGAUCAAGGACAAGUAUGUGGAGAAAAAGUUCCUGCGGAAGCCGCCCUGCCUGCCUCUGCGGGAGGCCCCCAGGCACAGGAGGGCACCCCACUGCCACCACCAGCUGGGCUCCCCGCGGGCUCCUGCCCCUCACCGCAAGGUCCGGCUGGAGCCAGGGCUGCCUGCAGUGGCCGCUCUCUCCUCAGCAGCUGCUGCGGAGCGCAAAUUCCGCCGGGACUCGCUCUUUUGCCCGGAUGAACUGGAUUCGCUCUUCUCCUAUUUCGACGCCGGGGCCGCUGCUGCAGGUCCUCGCAGUCUGAGCAGCGACAGCGGCUUGGGGGGCAGCUCCGAUGGCAGCUCGGAUGUGCUGGCCUUCGUGGGCACCAUGGUAGACUGCGUCACCGAGGAGGCUGGCACGGAGUCCGAAGAGUCCAGCGGGGAGGCGGACGGGGAGGCAGAGGCUGAGGCCUGGGGCCCUGCGGACGUGCGGGAGCUGCACCCUGGGCUCCUGGCUCACCGCGCAGCGCGCACCCGUGACCUCCCGGCGCUGGCCGCAGCGCUGGCCCAUGGGGCCGAGGUCAACUGGGCUGACACGGACGACGAGGGCAAGACGCCGCUGGUGCAGGCCGUGCUGGGGGGCUCCUUGAUCAUCUGCGAAUUCCUCUUGCAAAACGGCGCCGAUGUGAACCAAAGAGACAGCCGGGGUCGGGCGCCCCUGCACCACGCCACGCUCUUGGGCCGCACUGGCCAGGUCUGCCUGUUCUUGAAGAGGGGCGCAGACCAGCAUGCCCUGGACCAGGAGCAGCAGGACCCGCUGAGCAUUGCGGUGCAGGAGGCCAAUGCCGACAUCGUCACGCUGCUCCGUCUGGCCCGCAUGGCUGAGGAGAUGCGGGAGGCUGAGGCGCCUCCAGGCCAGCUGGGACCGCUGGCCGGCAGCAGCCCCACCGAGCUGCAGUAUCGCAGGUGCAUCCAGGAGUUCAUUGGCCUGCACCUGGAGGACAGCUAGGGCCUGCCCCCACCCACCUGCCUGACCCUGACACCACCGAUGGGGCCGCUCCUGGGGUUGUUUGGACUCCCAGGGCCAGAGGAGGGACCAGGAACCUGGAGGUUUGCCCCUCCCCACCCAUGGUCCUGCGACUCCAGGGGCUCCCUCCUGGGGUCCUGGGUUGUCUAUGUAGGAGACCACUCACCAGGCCAUGUCACCUGUGCCCACAUCUGUACUGCCUCCACAUACUGACCUGCUAGUUGGGUCUCUCCUCCGCACCCCUGAAGCCCCUCUCCCCACUGGCCCCGGGGCUGGUGGCUGGCCACUGCUGCCUCACUGGGGGCUAUAGGCCACCCACCCAGGGAAUCAACCCAUGUACCUCACUUAGUGACACCCCCCACCACCACCACUGGGCUGCUUGGGGACUGCGAGCAGUGGCCCUCUCUGACCGAGGGUGUCUGAGGCUAGGGAAUAGCCAGGUGGGCCCCUGUGUCCCCCUCCUCCAGAGGCCUGUGGCCGUGAGACCACAAAAUGACUUUGGCACUUUCCAGCCUGGCAUUCAAUGCCCUUUGUCCCUUGGGCUGAGUGUAAGUGCAUUUUCUCCAGCGACCUCACUCUUGCCAGUGCUUCACCCGUGGGCCCCAAGGACUCCCUUGACCCCUGCUAUGGGUGCUGCUGCUGGAGGUGGCCCUGCAGCUCUGUCUGUCCCUCAGCAGCCUAGCCCUCAAGUUGGACCCUUGGGUGGGUCCAGGGGUCCCUCAGGUCCCUUCCCAGGGCCCUCAAUGCCUUCCAAGGUCCCCUUUCCCAGGAGAGCCUGGGGCAGUGGCUGGUCCUCUCCCCACCUUGGGGCCCUCAAUCCUGCAAGGCCAGUUGGCUGCCCACUAUGCAAAGGGGGUCUGGGAGAGGUCCUGGGGUGGCAAAGGGGGGUGCUGGGCUGGGCCCCACUCCCUCGCCCUGGCUGUGACCCUAGAGAACCAAGUCUGCAUCCACUCCCUGCUUGAGUGCCCUCCUCCUUAUGGUCCCUCCCCAGUUCCCCCUCCAUCUGCAUGCCCCCCCUAACUUCGCAGCUGCCCCUUCUCAAUAAACUGUGCUUCACCUGC